AUGAGUAGCAAGCUUUGGGAAUUCUUCAUUCAAGAUGAUGUGGAUAGCUUCCGGCGGGUUCUCGCAAACACUACGGUUGCCAGACCGCGAGCUACAGUUCCCGGCCCAUCCGUGAUAGGCGCAACCAGUCUGUCGGCAAAAGCUGGGAGCCCGGGCUCUAUCGCCACGUCUCCCAACCUAUCCAAAGCCAAGAAAGCUGCCGGAUCAUCACCCGGGACAUCCUUUCUGGAGCGAUCAAUCGGACAAAGGGGUUCUGCGGCUCUAUCUCGAUCUGACAUCAAUGCCCGCGACCACCUGGGACGGACGCUGCUUCACCAUGUCGCGUCAUCCACAAAGCCGAGUGCUGCCGCGUUCGCGCAUGCCCUGUUGGACAUCCCGUUCAUUGACAUAUAUGCCCAGGACUGGGAAAGUGGAUGGACUGCACUUCAUCGUGCGCUUUACGCUGGUAAUGCAACCGUUGCGCAGGCAUUGAUGGCGAAGGACGCAUUCGACGCUACUAGUUUCAACAAGCUUGGAAAUGCCGGCCAUCCGAGUGGAAGUUUGAUCAAAAUCAAAGACCGCGAGGGAUACAGUCCAUUUGAUCUCUAUGGAGCCACUAUUAGCGCACGUGAUAUCAAGGAGACUGUUCAGAUCGCAGGAUGGCCUAGCUCCAUGGUUUUAGAUGCUGCCGGCAGUGACGCAGAUUCAAUCGAUGGUCCAGGCAUCGUGGAUGCUCAUGAAGAUGGGAAUUAUACGGCUUCAGUUGCUAUAAAGGGCCAAACGGACUUUUCGGCUGAUGAAGUCUUUACUUUCGGCAGCAAUAAAAAUUUGAAUCUCGGCCUCGGUGACCAGGAUGACCGUCAGUUUCCGGAAAGGAUCAAUCUUGAACGACCAGAUCAUCUUCUUCAUCAAUUUUAUCGCGAAUACCACGAAAGACGCACGCGAGGUCUUACCGUGGAAGAGAGUUUCGAUACUGCGCAGUCGCAAGAGCUCCCGACGCUCAUCAAAAACAAACCGAUGAAGAUUCAAAAUGUCGUGAUGUCCAAACUCCAUACCGCAGUCAUCACGGAUGAUCCCGAAGCCAAUCUUUUCAUGAGCGGCUUUGGCCCUGGCGGCCGUUUAGGAACAGGUGAUGAGACCACGCGAUUCGCCUUUGUCUGUAUUGAGACUGGACCAUUGUCAGGCAAGAAGAUCUCAUCGGUAGCCCUUGGUCAAGAUCACAGUCUGGCUAUCACUAAAUAUGGUGAGAUCUUCAGCUGGGGAAGCAACAAGUUCGGACAACUUGGCUAUGGUCUGCCGAGGACUAAUAACAAGAAUGAUGUUCCCAUCCAGACGACUCCGCGUCAGAUCUUCAACCCCUUCAAGAAAGAAAUAAUCAUCGGGGCAGCUGCCUCUUCGAUCCAUUCCGUGGUUUUUAGCAAUUCCGGUCUUUACACGUUCGGUAAGAACGAAGGGCAACUCGGGUUGGUUGAUUCCGAUGCGCGCUCGCUUGAAUUUCAGACUACGCCUCGCCGCGUCGGAGCAUCUCAAUUCAGCUCUCCUAUCCAGAUGGUAUCUGCUAUUGAUCGGGCGACCGCUGUGCUCUUGCAGAAUAAUGAGGUGUGGGUAUUCUCUCAGUAUGGAUAUACCAAACUCUCAUUUCCUCUCGAGGCCAGUUCAAGGUUCAUUCGAGACAGUUUCAUGGCUACCAGAUACGAUGCUUCUGUCAACCGCAUCACCAAACUUUCUUGCGGAGGCAGCACCAUUUGCGCUCUAACAAGUUCUGGUGAUGUUUUCACCGUUGAAGUCAACAAGCCUGAAAACUCAGCGGCAUUCACAUCGACGACAAAUCCAGCGAAGAUUCGCAAUUCACUGGCAACUCCAGUGAGGGCUUGGUCUGUCAAGAGAUCUAACAUGGCUGCUUCUGACGUGGACGUGGGGCAGGAUGGAUCUAUCAUCAUUUGCACUACCUCGGGCUCGGCUUGGAAAAAGGAAAAACGCGCCAAGAAAAAAGAAGACGGCUCGAAGGAAUUCAAGUUCGCUCGUAUUCCAGGUCUCUCAAGAGCAGUUGCUGUACGCAGCAAUGCGUUUGGAGCCUAUGCUGUCGCCCAGCGUGAGUAUGACGUGACAAAAGAACAAAUCCAUGUCAACGAAAGCACACUUUUGGACGAUAUUUUGCCUCUUUCGCCUUUCAUAAUUCCAGGGCCAGACGAGGUGGAUCUGAUUCUUGAUGAGUCGUUAUUGGCUUUAUCGUCUGCGAUGGCGAUGAAAAGAUCAAUCAUGAUGUCUUCCCAUGUCGAGAAUCACUUUUUGUCAGUAUAUACCGAGGGCACUAUAUGGCUAGUGAGCUCUACAUGUGAUUUGCGGAUUCCAGUCCAUCGUUUUCUUUUAAAUGGACGCAGCCCUGUUCUUCGGAAAGCUCUGGAAGAGUUCCGGAAGACAUAUUAUUCCUCUGUGUCUGAUGUUUUGGAGAUCGAGUACGACAAAGAAGGCCAUAUUCAGAUCAAGUUUCGAGGACUCGAUUUCUUGACGGUGAUGAAUCUUGCAUUCUUCCUCUACACAGACAAUAUUUUAGACGUUUGGCACAAAGCAAGAACAUUCGCAGAAAACACGGCUCUUCACCGGCAGGUGCGAUCUGAAGUCAUGCGCCUUGCUCAACAACUUGGGUUACCAACUCUGGAACGUGCAGCGAGAUUGAUGAUUGAGCCUGUACCAAGCUUGAAGAAUGAUAUGGCCUUUGCUAUCAACCAUGAUUCGUUCUUUGAAGAUGCCGACGUGGUGGUUGAGUUGAACGGGGAUUCUGUCAAAGUCCACAGCCAUAUCGUGUGUCAAAGAUGUCCCUUUUUCGAGGCUUUGUUUCAUGGCCUCUCCGCCGGUCAAUGGCUAGCGACACGCCGCGCUGAGCGCUCCGAUUUUGUCCAUGUUGAUCUCAAACAUAUCGAUCGAUCAAUCUUUGACUUUGUGUUGAAGUACAUAUAUACCGACACCGAAGAGCAAAUGUUCGACGAAGUCCGCACAAACACUUUAGAUGAUUUUAUUGACUUGGUGCUGGAUGUGAUGUAUGUAGCGAACGAGUUGAUGAUUGACAGGCUCUCACAAAUUUGUCAAAAGACAAUUGGGCGGUUUGUCGACAACCGCAACAUAGCCUAUCUUCUCAAUUCGGUCGCUCCAAUCUACAUCAGGGAGUUCAAGGAUGCGGCCCUUGAAUAUAUCUGUCUUGACCUCGAGGCUAUGCUUGCAAACAGGUACCUAGAGGGUCUUGCUGACGAUCUUCUCAAAGAACUCGACGCUGUUUGUCGUGACAAUCAACUUUCUUACUUUCCGAUCUCACGUGGGCGCAAUACAGAAGCAUAUGUGUUCGAGAAGUACCCGGAGAUCAUCAGCUCCGUUGAGAGCGACAAAAGAAAACGCAUCGACUCUAUGGCCUUGAAGUCGCGACUUGGCCAAAUUGAAUCUUACGAGUUGCGGCCUAAAACCGCUGCGAGUGAUAAAUCUGUUGUGUCCCCGUCUAUGCAGAAGGGGAAGUCGAAGGCUGUCAGGGAGGCUACAAGCCCCUUUACAAGUCCAACCUUACGGCCGAAGCAAUCAACUGGAGAUCUCAUGUUCCAGAUGGACGAGGAAGCACCUUCCGCCCCCGCUCCCAGCCGGGCCAAAUCUGGACAGCGUGGUUUGAGCCUUGGCGAAAAUAUCCUUGACAGUAGCUCGUAUCCAGACUCGCCUGCCAUAGGAACAAGUAUCCCCGAGCCGGAGUCUAUUGGGGACCGUCUUUUCCUAGAUGAGAAAAUGUCUUCUCCAGCAGAGAGAUCACUUACCGAUCCUCCUUCUCAGUCACGGUCAGUUGGUGCUCAAGAAAAGCCGAAGGCACCACCAGCUCCGUGGGGCUCUCCUAUCUCCAAAGACAAGAAAGAUCUCAAGGACAUUAUGGGGGAGAGCUCACAAAAGCGUGUAUCGAAUCUCACGCUGGGCAUGGCCGGACGUCGGGAAACGAGCGGUACCUUCACACAAAAGAUUUCACAGAAAGAGAGGAAGAAGAUGCAGCAACAGCAGCAAUUACAGGACCAACUUGCAGCACAACAAAAGGCUAAAAAUGCUUCUCGAAACCCCUGGGAGUUAUCUUCCUUGCCGGCCGGUUCAACCACACCUGGGAAAUUGGGUCCUCUGCCAGGCCAGAGCAGCGACAAUGACCCGUCGAUGGAUUCUAAGGGAACUCAAAAGCCGAUGACACUCAGGCAAACCGUCGCUAGAUCAUCACCGUCUCGAGAAAAACCUUCUACCACCCCUGUUCAAUCCCAAGCUCGCAGUGUAUCGGCAAAUGCGCAAUCGCAAAGCUCUUUCGCCAAAGCAUCUUCUUCGGGCCCCGCGGCUUCAUCUCCACAAUCGCUGCCGAAAACAUCUCCGCAACCCUCUAUUCAAUCGAUCCGUCACAUCCCUCGCCCUGAUCUUCAUCAUUCGAGCCCACGGUCUCCAUCCUUUGGCUCUUCUCUCUCCUUGGCAGCCAUCCUAGAGCAGCAGCAAACCGAAAAGAAUGAAAUCCGCGAAGCAGCCACAGCAAAGCAUAAUCUGGAAGAAAUUCAGCGUGAACAAGAGUUUCAACAAUGGUGGGACCAAGAAAGUAAGCGCAUACAGGGCCUCUUGGAUCCAGAACCUCAACGUGGAAGUAAAGAAGGUAGGGGAGGCAAAGCCAUAAAUGCAUCUGGCAGUUCUCGCAAGCGCCGUGGAAACAAGAGCUCCAACAACGAUAGUGCUCCUCAACUUUCUGAUCCCGCCACGUCUCAGAAGAAUACGAAUGGCCCGAGGCCACACCAAGGCAAUCAGCCUACUGGAAAAGGCAAUCCUGCCAGUGGGUCUGGUAGAAAUGCUCGUCGGGGAGGUGGGAGAGGCAGGGGGAAACCCUAG